AUGGAGUGUGUCUCGGUUGAAGGUAUCGACUCUUCACUCUUGGAAGGGCAAACCUUUGGUGAUAUCUUGUGUUUACCAUGGACAAUCGUCAAAGGUAUUCGUGAACGAAAGAACCGUAGCAAGAUGAGGAAGAUUUUGAAGGAUGUCAGUUUGUUGGCUAAACCAGGAGAGAUGGUUCUUGUCCUAGGUAGACCUGGUGCUGGUUGCUCUUCACUUUUGAAGUGUGCUGCUGGCGAGACCAAUCAGUUUGCAGGUGAUCUAACAGGUGAUAUAUCAUAUGAUGGUAUCUCUCAGAAGGAAAUGAUGCAACAUUAUAAGGCAGACGUGAUUUACAAUGGUGAGCAGGACGUUCAUUUCCCAUACUUGACGGUGAAACAAACUUUAGAUUUUGCCAUUGCUUGUAAGAUGCCCGCAAAGAGGGUUAAUAAUGUCACAGGAGCAGAAUAUAUUGCUGCCAAUAGAGAUUUUUAUGCUCAAAUUUUUGGUUUAGCACAUACUUACGAUACUAGGGUCGGUAAUGAUUUUGUUAGCGGCGUCUCCGGUGGUGAGCGUAAACGUGUUUCCAUCGCUGAAGCAUUAGCAGCGAGAGGUUCAAUCUAUUGCUGGGAUAAUGCCACGAGAGGUCUUGACGCCUCUACAGCAUUAGAGUUUGCUCAAGCCAUCCGCACUAUGACAGAGUUGUUGGGCUCAACGGCUCUAAUUACCAUUUACCAGGCAAGUGAAAACAUUUAUGAAACAUUUGAUAAAGUUACUGUCUUAUAUGCCGGCAGACAGGUAUUUUACGGCAAAGCUACCGAAGCUAAGGACUAUUUUGAAAAUAUGGGAUAUUUGUGUCCACCAAGACAAUCUACCGCCGAAUAUUUGACUGCUAUUACCGAUCGUAAUGGCCUACACAAAAUAAAACCGGGAUUUGAGUUCCAUGUACCCCGUACCGCUGACGAAUUUGAAAAAUACUGGCUUAAUUCCCCAAACUUCAGCAACUUACAACGUGAAAUUCAAGAAUAUAAAGAAGAAGUCGACACUCAGAGAACUAAAAGAACAUAUAAUGAGUCUAUGGCGCAAGAAAAGUCGAAAGGAGCGAGAAAAUCGUCCUAUUAUACGAUUUCUUACUGGAAGCAGGUUAGGCUUUGUACUAUUAGGGGUUUUCAGAGAAUUUACGGUGAUAAAUCAUACACGGUGAUCAACACGUGUGCUGCUAUAGCACAAUCGUUUAUCACUGGAUCAUUGUUCUACCAAACACCUUCUUCCACUCUGGGUGCCUUUUCCAGAAGUGGUGUUCUGUUUUUUUCCCUUUUAUAUUACUCUCUGAUGGGUCUAGCCAAUAUUAGUUUUGAACAUAGGCCAAUAUUACAUAAACACAAGGUCUACUCCUUAUACCAUCCAUCUGCUGAGGCAUUGGCAAGUACGAUCUCAUCCUUUCCAUUCAGAAUGAUUGGUCUAACGUUCUUUAUAAUCAUCCUGUACUUCUUGGCCGGUUUGCAUACAAACGCUGGAGUUUUUUUUAUCAUGUAUCUGUUUUUGACCAUGUGCUCGGAAGCUAUUACAAGUUUGUUCCAAAUGAUUUCAUCUCUGUGUGAUACACUGUCACAAGCCAACUCCAUUGCUGGUGUUGUGAUGUUGUCUAUUGCCAUGUAUUCAACUUAUAUGAUACAAUUGCCCUCAAUGCACCCAUGGUUCAAGUGGAUCUCAUACAUUCUUCCUAUUAGAUAUGCAUUUGAAUCGAUGUUGAACGCAGAAUUUCAUGGACGGCAUAUGGAUUGUGGCGGUACUUUAGUCCCUUCUGGUCCCGGUUAUGAAAAUGUCCUAUCUGAAAACCAGGUAUGUGCCUUUGCUGGUUCUAGGCCUGGCCAGGCUUGGGUUCUUGGCGAUGAUUAUUUGAGGGCCCAAUAUCAGUAUGAGUACAAAAACACUUGGAGAAACUUCGGUAUUAUGUGGUGUUUCCUAAUUGGUUACAUCGUCUUGAGAGCCCUUUUCACUGAAUACAAAAGUCCUAUUAAAAGCGGUGGCGAUGCUCUAGUCAUCAAGAAAGGAGCAAAGAAUACUUUACAAAAAACAUGGAGCAACAAAAAUGAUGAAGAAAAUAUCAAUAUGUCCAUAACAACACAAGAUAACAAAGACAUAGCUUCAAGUAACGGCGAUAGCACACAUACGGAGUUUGAAGGCUUAGAAUCUACUGGAGUGUUUAUUUGGAGAAACGUUUCAUUUACAAUCCGACACUCUAAUGGACAACGUAAACUUUUGGACAACGUAAGUGGGUACUGCGUACCUGGUACGUUAACAGCACUGAUAGGUGAGUCCGGCGCUGGUAAGACCACUCUGUUAAAUACCUUGGCUCAAAGAAACGUGGGAACGGUUACUGGCGACAUCCUGGUAGACGGUCUCCCAAUGGACGCCAGUUUUGAGAGGCGUACUGGAUAUGUACAACAGCAGGACCUUCAUACUGCAGAGCUUACCGUCAGGGAAUCGCUGCAAUUUAGCGCUCGCAUGCGUCGACCACAAUCUAUUCCUGACGUUGAAAAGAUGGAGUAUGUCGAAAAAAUUAUAGAUAUUCUUGAAAUGCAAGAAUUCUCAGAAGCUCUCGUUGGUGAAAUUGGUUACGGUUUGAAUGUUGAACAGAGAAAGAAACUUUCCAUUGGUGUUGAACUAGUUGGCAAACCGGAUCUGUUGUUGUUUUUGGACGAACCAACCUCUGGUUUGGACUCACAAUCUGCAUGGUCGAUUGUCAAGAUGUUGAAAAGACUGACCCAAGCAGGACAAUCUAUUUUGUGUACUAUUCACCAACCUUCGGCCACUUUAUUUGAACAGUUUGAAAGAUUACUGCUUUUGGGAAAAGGCGGUCAAACAGUUUAUUUUGGUGAAAUAGGAAAAAAUUCAAGCUCUGUCGUGAAAUAUUUUGAAAGCAAUGGAGCUAGAAAAUGCGAACAAAGCGAAAAUCCAGCUGAGUAUAUUCUAGAAGCCAUUGGCGCCGGCGCUACCGCCUCUGUUGAACAAAACUGGUAUGAUAUAUGGAAGGCGUCACCUGAAAUUGCAAAGGUCAACGAAAAAGUUGAUACUAUGAUCAAAGAUUUGCCAUCUUCAUCAGUACGAAAGAUAGAUGUGAAACCCUCGAAGUAUGCGACAUCAUAUUUUUAUCAGUUCAGGUAUGUGUUGUUUAGAUCCAGCCUGACUUUCUGGAGGAACUUAAACUAUAUUAUGGCUAAAAUGAUGUUGCUGAUUAUUAGUGGUCUGUUUAUUGGUUUUACUUUUUACGGUGUUGGUAUCGAUGCAAUUGGGCUACAAAAUAGUUUGUUUGCCUGUUUCAUGGCUAUCGUUAUAUCAGCUCCUGCAACAAAUCAGAUCCAGGAGCGCGCCACUGCUGCCAAGGAACUAUAUGAAGUUCGUGAGUCUAAAUCUAACAUGUUCCAUUGGUCUCUACUUUUAUUCACCCAUUAUUUAAACGAAUUGCCCUACCAUUUAUUGUUUUCAACUAUUUUCUUCGUUUCGUUGUAUUUCCCCCUAGGAAUCUUCUUCGAGGCCUCUAGGUCAGGCGUAUUUUAUCUCAACUAUGCCAUACUCUUCCAACUUUACUACAUUGGUCUUGCUUUAGUGGUUCUGUACAUGUCGCCAAAUCUACAAUCUGCUAAUGUCAUUGUGGGAUUCGUACUUUCUUUUUUGCUCUCCUUCUGCGGUGCUGUUCAGCCUGCCUCCCUAAUGCCGGGGUUCUGGACAUUUAUGUGGAAGCUAUCUCCUUACACAUAUUUUUUGCAAAAUUUUGUCAGUUUGCUGAUGCACAAGAAACCUGUGAGAUGUUCGAAGAAGGAGCUUUCCUUCUUUAAUCCUCCUAUGGGCCAAACAUGCGGUGAAUUUACCGAACCAUUUUUCAAAUUUGGGACGGGGUAUAUUGCAAACCCGGACGCUACUUCUGAUUGCGCCUACUGCCAGUAUAAGGUGGGUGACGAAUAUUUAGCACGCAUCGAUGCUAGCUUUAGUUACUUAUGGAGAAACUUGGGGUUCAUUUGUGCUUACAUUAUCUUCAAUAUUUUUGCUAUGGUCGCAGUUUACUACGUGGUCCAGGUCAAGCAUUUCUCGCCCAUGAACAUUGGUAUUGUGAAAAAACUAGCUAGUAAAUUCAAGAGAAAAAGAUCGAGUACUUAA